AUGUUCUCCUAUUCCCAGGCCUCGGAGCUCAUCGCCACGGCGGUGCUCUUUGGGCUGAUCCUGGCGGGGCCCAUCAUGUUCAUCACCGCCUUCUCUCUGAACGACAGCGGGAACUUGGAACAGAGCAUGACCAUCCUGCAGCAGGUCCAGGCCAGCGCGGAUCUGGGGAGCCUCUUCUGCGGGCUGAUCUUCCUGGGCUGCCUGGUGCUGCUGCGGCACUACUGGUGCUUCAAGUGUCCGGGCAAGCAGCUGGUGGCCCUGUACGGCUUGGUGCUCAUGUGCUACGCCGGGGUGUCUCUGGCCAUCAACCCCUGGGUCUCAUCCCUCGCCUGUCAAGACUACAUCUACAACUCCAGGACGCCGGUGAUUGUGGCCUUUGGGUGGCUGCAGAACUGUGCCUCGCUUCUGUUGCUGGUGCUCCAGUUCAUCUUGGUCUGCAAUGGCCCCAUCUCCCACGAGAGACCGAUGAUGGGCCUCAUGAUGGGCUCCGCCUGCCUGAUCUUGGCGCUGCUGCCGGCCAUCUUCGCCACUCCCAACACCGUGAACGAGAUCUGUGGCAAAGAGCCCGAGAGCUUGCCGCUCUGCCUCAACGUGGGCUGGAGCUGCGUCAAGCUGGCGGUGGCGCUGGUUUUGGCCAUCUGCGGCCUGCGGCGCACGCGCUCGGAGGAGGAGCCGGAGUCCUCGGAGAACUCGGAGAUGGAGUCCGAGGCGAGCUCCAUACCGGAGUCUCCAGCAGACCGGUGGACGGAGUGGAAUCGGCUUGUGCCUACAGGCAUCAUCCUGACCGUCACGAUCAUGAAUAUUGUGAAGAUUAUGACGCAGGUGAUCAAUGCGGCGCAGGUGCACUUCUCGAUGAACAAGAACCAGGGCAGCUUCGCGGCGAUGCUGCUGCUGGAGAGCGUCCUGGAGCACGGGCAGGGCAUGGUCUUGGCAGCGGCCCUCUUCUUCGAUUCCAACUUCACCUCGCUGCUCUUGAGGAUCGUGCCGCGGCUGUGCCCGUUCUGCACCCCGAGGAGGCCGAAGGCCAAGGGCGAGUCCUGGUACCGGGGCUGGGCGCCGGUCUGCACGCCCGACGUGGAGUGA